AUGAAAAUUACGCAAAAAAUCAGUCAGGCCGACAAGGAAAGCAAGAUAUGGUGGUCUUUUGAGUACUUUCCCCCGAGAACUGCUCAGGGCCUGCAAAACCUGCUAGACCGUAUAGAACGCAUGCGGGCACUUGGACCUGAAUUCAUAGACAUCACUUGGAACGCUGGUGGUCGGACUUCUGAUCUCACCGCAGAGAUGGUCAAGACUUGCCAGGGUCUAAUUGGAAUAGAGACCUGCAUGCAUCUCACGUGUACCAACAUGCCAGCUAGCAAGGUCGACAUCGCUCUUCGGGAAGCCAAGCUGUCCGGCUGCCGAAACGUGCUUGCCCUGAGAGGUGACCCGCCAGCAGGCAAGGACGAAUGGGAGGCGGUAGAAGGUGGUUACGUCCAUGGAAUUGACUUGGUCAAGCAUAUCCGUCGGGAGUAUGGAGACUACUUCGACAUCGCAGUCGCAGGCUUUCCUCAACACCAACUGCUACCACGUGAGGAGCGUGAUGUCGAAAUGCAGUUUCUCAAAGACAAGAUCGACGCGGGUGUAAACUUCAUCUUCACCCAGAUGUUCUACGACGUGCAAAUCUUCAUUGACUGGGUUCGCGCCGUCCGUGCUGCUGGCAUUACCGUGCCCAUUGUCCCCGGAAUCGCCCCUAUUCAGACUUGGAAUGGCUUUAUGCGCGCGACCAGCCUCGCUAGUAUCGUCAUUCCCCCAUCAUUCUUGGACGCGUUAGAACCUUACAAAAACGACGAUGAGAAGGUGAGGGCAAUUGGAACCAAGCUCGUGGCGGAAAUGUGCCGCAAAAUUCUCGACGAAAAUUUGGGUAUCCGGGGACUGCACUUUUACACCAUGAACCUCGAAAAAGGCACUAAAAUGCUUCUGGAAGAACUCAAUCUUGUACCUCGUGUCGAGACCGUCAAGCCUCUCCCAUGGCGGCAGUCGCUCACUCCCAAUCGGCGAACGGAGACCAUCCGCCCCAUAUUCUGGGCAAAUCGGACCAAAUCAUAUAUUUCUCGCACGGAGAAUUGGGACGAAUAUCCGAAUGGGCGUUUUGGGGAUUCACGCAGUCCUGCAUACGGCGAGCUCGAUGGAUAUGGUGUCUGGAUUAAACAAACGAAAGAGGAUGCUCUCAAGCUCUGGGGCGAGCCUACUUCGUUCCAGGAUAUCACAAACCUCUUUUCUCGUUUCUGUAAAAAGGAACUCAAAGCUCUUCCGUGGUCCGACCAAGCUCCUGCAGGCGAAACAUCCAUCAUCGCCUCACAACUAGCUCGCAUGAACGAUUAUGGGUUCUUGACCAUCAAUUCACAGCCCGCUGUAAAUGGUGCAAAGAGUGAAGAUCCAGUUGUUGGUUGGGGCCCACGAAAUGGCUACGUCUACCAAAAGGCGUAUCUUGAAUUCUUCGUCCCGCCCGAGUUACUUUCCAUCUUGCUCACGCAUAUUGAACGUGAUAGUAACAUCACGUACUACGUGAUCAAUAGUCGAGGGGACCUACGCACCAAUACUCAUUCCGAUGGCCCAAAUGCCGUUACUUGGGGCGUCUUCCCAGGCAAAGAGAUUGUUCAGCCCACUAUUGUUGAAGCCGUGAGUUUCAUGGCUUGGAAGGAUGAAGCCUACGAACUCGGGCAACAAUGGGCCAAAAUUUAUGACGUAGGCUCGCCCUCGCGACAGCUAAUUUCCGACCUCAUGGAAAGCUCCUUCCUUGUCAAUGUCGUUCACAACAACUUCCACGACUCUGAGGCUAUCUUCCAACCCUUUUUCAAAGCUGGCGAGGAAUACCUCGCCACCAAAUCAGGUAAACCGCAAGUGAAUGGUCAUUAG